ACCUGCCCUCCGUGGUGAGAAACAGCGCUUGGGUUACCGUCCAAUUCUUACCAACGCUGCUAUGGUUCGAGAGGAAAAUAUCCCGCGCUUACGCCAAAGACGAGACUACGCAUUCCUUCUUGAUUACCGGACGAGAUGGAGCGAUAAUGACAUGUACGAUCAUAUGAACAACAGUACUUACUACUUCCUCUUCGACUCGGUCGUCAACACGUACCUGAUGACGCACUGCGCCCUGCACCCGCCGACGUCUCUGCAGAUCGGUCUCGUCGUUCACUCACACUGCGACUACUUCGCGCCGCUAGGCUUUCCAGCCGUUGCUGAGCUGGCACUGAGGGUGAACAAGUUGGGGAAAAGCAGUGUGACGUAUGAAAUCGGUGUGUUCGAGAAGGGCGUUGAAGACGUGAGGGCUGUGGGCGAGUUUGUGCAUGUCUUUGUUGACAGGGAGUCGAGGAGGCCGGCGGCGAGUGGGAUGGGCGAGGGAUUGAGGGAAGGGUUGAGGAAGAUACAGGUGGAGAGUAAGGACAAGGCAAAGCUGUGAGGAAGGCAUUUUGCAAGAUAUUAUAGAGAGCUCUGUAUUAUGUGCAUCCCUUCUUAGCAGACGCUAGCUCAUACAAGUUUUCUAUGUCCACUGAGUAGAUAUAAGUAGUACCAGAGUGCAGAGGUACGAAUACGAGAACAUCUC